AUGAAUUUGUGAACGCCGCUUAUUUUUGUUUUACAAAUUUAUUUAGGGUUUGAUAUUUCAAUUCUAAUAUCAGUUUUCUUUAAUUUUAAAUAGUUCCUGUUAAAUUCAUCUUUAAAAGAGAAUGACAUUUGCUGAAGAGGAUUCUGAUUCAGGUUCGGAUUCUGGUUCUGACCGGAGCUAUAGUCCUCAACCUCAAGUUGCUCCCACACCUGGAUAUUCUGUAGAAAAUAACCAAGAAUCUCCAAAAAGUAACGCGAGUCGUUCAAGAAGUGGAACCCCAGAUUCAGAUGGGUCGAAUUCUGGAUCUGGUAGUAAUAGAAGUGCUUCAGGAAGUCCCAGAAGUAAUAGAUCUGGCAGUCAUGCUACUCGAAGCUCACGAAAAAGCUCACAUUCACCUGCAAAAGUCCAUUCUGAGUCUCCUGCUCCAGAACAAAAAUCUCCUAGGACUUCUGCAUCGAGAAGCAGAUCUGGAUCUCCUUUAACUGGCUCCCAUCGAAGUAAUCAUUCUCCAAGUCCAAAUGAUGUUCGUGAAGGAAGUCAUCAUAGUGAUAAAUCUCACAACAGUCAAAAAUCAAGAAGUUCUUCAAGAGAUAAAGAUGCUGAGAAUGUAAAAUCACCUAGCCAUGAAUCCCAUAGAUCACCAUCGAAAGAACGUCGAUCUGCCAGUAGAGGGUCUCAUGGAUCAGGAAAAAAUCAAAGCAGAAGUGUUACUCCUCAAAGCAGGAGAUCUGAAACACCUGCAACCAAUCGAAGUAGAUCUCAUUCAGGAUCACGAUCUCAAUCUCCUGCUUUACAAAUAGAUGACAAAGCAAGGUCACGCAGUGGAAGUAAAUCAAAAUCUCGUUCACGAUCAAGAUCUAAAACUGGCUCAAAAGGUGGGACUCCUCGUUCAACUCGAAGUGCUUCUGAAAGCUCAGGAAGUCAAAUUGGUAAAAAAGAAAAACGAAAGCGUCCACUUGCCUCUGAUUCUGAAGAUGAAAAUGAAAGUUCUAAACAAAAGAAAAAAGUUUCUAAAAUCAUAGAUUCAGAUACUGAUGAAGAAGAGUCGAACAAAAAAGAUGGAAUAACAGCUGAUGCUUUAUUCGGUGAUGCUGAUGAUAUAUCAGACGAAGAUGAACAAAUGUCACGUGCAAGUAAGGGAAGUAAACGAUCACGUAGCGGUAGUCGUGCGCAAUCCAGAUCUCGUACUCCGUCACGUUCAAGAUCACGAUCUAAAUCAAAAUCUAGAUCUAGAUCACGUUCAGGCUCAAGGCGUAGCUCACGAUCUAGAAGGUCUCGCAGCGGAUCAUCUCCACGAAGAUCCAGAUCAGGCACUCCUGAUAGAGAAAAGGAAGACAAACAGGAACCUGAACCAAUACCUGAAACAAGAAUAGACGUUGAAAUAGCAAGAAUUGUAUCAGAUCUUGGUAGAGAUAUUCAUUUCGUAAAACUUCCUAAUUUCUUGUCAGUUGAAACUAGACCAUUUGAUCAUGAGACAUAUGAAGAUGAAAUUGACGAAGAAGAGACUAUGGAUGAAGAGGGUAGGCAGCGAAUUAAAUUAAAAGUCAGUAAUACGAUACGAUGGCGGGAUGUUAUAAAUCGCCAAGGUGAAACGGUCAAAGAAUCUAAUGCACGCUUUGUUAAAUGGUCAGAUGGCAGUAUGAGUUUACAUUUAGGAAAUGAAAUAUUUGAUGUUUACAAGCAACCACUCCAAGGUGACCACAACCAUUUAUUUAUUCGUCAAGGGGCAGGUUUACAAGGUCAGGCUGUAUUUAGAACAAAACUAACUUUUAGACCCCAUUCUACUGAAUCAUUUACACAUCGAAAAAUGACUAUGUCUUUGGCUGAUCGAUCGCAAAAGACGAGUGGAAUAAAAAUAUUAACACAGGUCGGUAAAGACCCAACAGCAGACCGAUUAUAUCAUAUCAAAAAAGAAGAAGAGAAAUUACGUCAAGCCAUGCGUCAACAACAUGCCAUUAAACCAAAAAGAAGCGGUGCAUCUGGAGGUAGAGGUGCUGGACAAUCAGCUGGAGCAAAUUCAUCAUACAAUCAAGAAGAUGGAAGUGAUGACGAAAAUGCAAUAUCAUUGAAUGCUAUUAAAAACAAAUAUAAUAAAAAAGGCAAAAAAGAGGAAAAUCAACGACAAGGAGCUGCUAUAUAUUCUUCGGAUGAAGAUGACGGGUCUGAUUUUGAAGCCAGGCGAAGUAAAAAGAUAGAUAAAACGAAAGUUAGUAAAGCUCUGCGAGAUUCAGAUGAAGAAUCUAAUGAUGAAAGUGAAAGAGGAGGAAACGACAGUGGUAGUGACAAGAAAAGUGGAAGUGAUGGAGAUGGCGGUACCGAUAAAAGUAGAAGUGAUGAUGGUGGAAGCGGUGAAGAAAAUUAAUAUAUAAGCAUUGUAUAAUGAAUUUAGGAGCUAAUGCGUAAUAGGAUUUUUAAAUUGCUCACAUAUUGAUAAAUACGUAUACAUGUGUAAACAAGUAUGUACAUUUAUGUGUCUAUAACUAUUAUUAUUAUUCUAUUUAAUUAAUUAGAAAAAUAUUGAAAAACUAAUUAUAUAAUGCACUUUUGUACAUACUUACCUUGUAAUAUGCGAAUGGGCGUAAUAAAUUAAU